AAAACAGCUCCAGCCCAGCACGCUUCCACACUUCCCUGCUGGGGUGCGCGCCGCCGCGGAGAUGAAGCUGGCCACCUGGUGCUGCCUGAGCUCGGCUGUCCUGGCUGCUUACAGUUGUUUGGUUGCGGCAAACAAUGACACAGAAGAAAUUAAAGACCAAACGGCCAAGGACGCCUGCCCGGUGAGGCUAGAGAGCAGAGGGAAAUGCGAGCAGGGAGGCGAAUGCCCCUACCAGGUGAACCUGCCCCCGCUGACGAUUCAGCUCCCCAAGCAGUUCGGCAGGAUGGAGGAGGUGUUCAAAGAAGUCCAGAACCUCAAGGAAAUCGUAAGCAGCCUGAAGAAAUGUUGCCAAGACAGCAAACUGCAGGCGGAUGACAACCGAGACCCGGGCACGGGAGACCCGGGAGAGGAGGAUGACAACAGAGUUACAGAGUUGGAGAGCGAGGUGAACAAGCUGUCCUCUGACCUGAAGAAUGCGAAGAAGGAGAUCGACGUGCUUCAGGGUCGCCUGGAGAAGCUGAAUCUUGUCAACAUGAACAACGUAGAAAAUUAUGUUGACAGCAAAGUGGCAAAUCUGACAUUUGUGGUCAAUAGUUUGGAUGGGAAGUGUUCAAAGUGUCCCAGUCAAGAACAGAUACAAUCACGUCCAGUUCAACAUCUAAUCUAUAAAGAUUGCUCCGAAUACUACACUAUAGGCAAAAGAAGCAGUGAGACCUACAGAGUUACACCGGAUCCCAAAAAUAGUAGCUUCGAAGUUUACUGUGACAUGGAGACCAUGGGGGGAGGCUGGACAGUGCUGCAGGCACGUCUCGACGGAAGCACCAACUUCAACAAAACAUGGCAAGACUACAAAGCAGGCUUUGGAAACAUCAGAAAAGAAUUUUGGCUGGGGAAUGAUAAAAUCCACCUUCUGACCAAGAGUAACGAGAUGAUUCUAAGAAUAGAUCUUGAAGACUUUAAUGGUGUCAAACUCUAUGCCUUGUAUGAUGAGUUUUAUGUGGCCAAUGAGUUUCUCAAAUACCGUUUACACGUUGGUAACUAUAAUGGCACAGCUGGAGAUGCCUUACGUUUCAGUAAACACUACAACCACGACAUGAAGUUUUUUACCACCCCAGACAGAGACAAUGAUCGAUACCCCUCUGGGAACUGUGGGCACUUCUACAGUUCAGGCUGGUGGUUUGAUGCAUGUCUUUCUGCAAACUUAAAUGGCAAAUAUUAUCACCAAAAAUACAGAGGUGUCCGUAAUGGGAUUUUCUGGGGCACCUGGCCUGGUAUGAGUGAGGCACAGCCUGGUGGCUAUAAGUCCUCCUUCAAAAAGGCCAAAAUGAUGAUCAGACCCAAGCACUUCAAGCCAUAAAUCACUAAUGCUCAUUCCUCUGAGUAUUCAUUACCUAAUAGGGCAAUUAAUUCCUUUUUGUAUUCCUUUUCCAUGGUUACACAUUUAUCUCUGAACACUGAGUUCUUAUGCUGCACAGCAUCGGAAAUAAAGCUAAAAAAUAUAUCCAAUUUAAAAGAGUCCUUUGUUGCUGUUACGCUAAAGAACACUUGCAAGCACCAGGGAAUAUUGAGAAUUACACAUUAGAUUUAUAAUUAUUUUAAUUUCUCUUAAUUGAAAAGUUUUACAUUAAUUGUAUUACUUGCUAUAUUUAAAAAAUAAUUGUUUACUCAGCAGGCUAGACUUUACACAAAUAAUUUGUAUUUUGGCUAUGACAAACACAUCUGAGGGUAUAUCGUUAUUUUUGGGAUAUAAAGAGUUAUUUGGGUAUUUAUUUGUAUGUAAAUACCCUAAUCCUCAUUCUGAGAUAAACUUCUUCAAUUUAUGGCAUUUACUUUUGGUCAGAAAGACCCUAUAGCAUUUUAGUUCCCGGGCAAAUUAAUGCUGUUCAGGUACUCCAUGAAAUGUAAAAUAUUUGUCAUUUAAAAUAAUAAAAAAUGUGGUAUUCAGAAAAUUAAUUUGACCAUAAGGACCAUGGUUUAAAGGUAAUUCAUUCACAGUUUUUAACUUUUUAGAUGUUUUAUGGUGAAAAUUGCUCUAACAUAAAUAUUAUCUUCCUUUACUCUCUAUGCCUAAUAGUUUUUUAAAAUUGCUCACUACUGUGCAAGACUACUGGUAAGCUUUCUUUAGAAGAGGUUGGUGUGGGUGAAGAAUGAAGCAUUUAUUUAUAGUCUAUAAUGCUCUGAAGGCCUGUUUUAUAUCCAUAGCAGUAAUAGCUUUAAAGCUAAGUUUUAUAAGAUAAAUAGAUAAAUCUAUUUAUAAAAAGCAUAUGAAUUUUGAUAUAUGUAGAACAGUAGUUCAAAUAGUAUAUAUCCUAAUCCUAACUGGUGUUAUGGUUAUUUUACUAUCAGAAGGAUUCAAAUAAAGAUGUUUAUUUUUUUAACCAAUCAAAAGUAUCUGGAUCUUUUAUAAUUCAUUAAUUCUGGAAUGCAAAUAUCAUACUCUAAAGAUUAUAAAAAAUAAUGUGUUAAGUUUCAUCAUUGUAAAAAGGGAUCAUUUCAUAGAGAGCAGUAGUAUUCUGCUGCGUAUUUAAAAAUACUCUAGAAUAAAAUUUGAAAUACUCAUUGUAUGUGAGUCAUAGAAAUAAAUUCAAGCUUUCAUUGCUAGUGUCUCUUUCUACUAUAGUAACCAAGAUUUUAAAAUAUAUUCACAAAGAUGCACCUUUACUCAUUAUUUGAAAAUGAUUAGGUAACAAGUUAACUUUUCAAGUAUUACCCUUUACAGAAACUUUUAAUCAAAAAGAAGCAAAAAUCCUUUUAAUAAUAUAUAACAUACAAAGUUUUUAGGAAAACAUGAUGAAAAUGAAGUUAUUAUGAAUGCUAUUAAAAUGUUAAAGAGAAAUACAAAUAGAAUUAUAGGUUAAGACCAAAAUGUAUCACUGUAGACCAAAAUCAAUAAUUGUCUAUUUCAAAGGCUGCAUAUCUACCCAAUAGGAUACCAAAUGUAAAUGUUGUAACUGAUUUACUCUUUCUCUCUUUUUUUAAAGGAACAUUUUAAUAUCAUACAAUGUAUUUAUUACAGAUAAGGGCAUUUUGAUUCACCAUAUACAAUUAUUAAUAUAUGUAUACUAAAUUUAAAUAAAUUUAAAUUUCUGUGAUCAAAAAUGGAUUCCUCACAGAAUACAGUUCUGAAGAAAAAUAGCUCAUAUAGUGAGUGAGCACUGAUUUAAUGGGAACUAGGUAUCAUUUCAGGAAAAUCUGGCAUAUAAUUCAUUAGUGCAUGUAAAUAUUCAAAAGCUAUCCUACCUUAUUUCAAAGGGUCAAAAUAUUAUUUUCCAUCAUACUUUAUGGUACUUUUCUAAUAAAAAAUUCUGUAACAUAGAAAUUCCUUUUUAAAAUCAUUUCAUGCCACUUACUAAAUAAAUUUUAGAUUUUUAUAAUCUUUAACAUAUCUACAAGAGUCUUUUGACUUAACUAUUUACUUAAAAAGAAAGAUAACUAUUUACUAAUAUUCACUAAGGUUCAUAAACGUGGAUUUACUAUUAACAAAUAUAUUAUUUUAGAGUCUUGUCUUGGUUCCACUUUAAUGGCCAAUAUUUGUUAUCUUAAUUAAGGCUUUAUUUCUGAGCUUUAUCAUUCUUUGAAAAUAGAGACUAAAACUAGGUUCUUAGAAAUUCCAAGUGUAACGGAUUCACUCAUCGUUGAGGGAAAAAAAAUCAAAUUAUUCUGAUAAGCAGUAAUGCUCCAAGGAAUUAAUGACAUAUCCGUUUAAUAGAUAAAGAGCUUAAAUAUGAGAAGCAUAGAAGAUAUUCUAGUAAUAUUUGCUGGUCCUUAUGGGUAAUGUCAUCACAAUAAGCUCAUUUAUAAUUCUUAUUUUUCUUUAUGUAUACAUAAAUUUGUUUCAUGUCUUUCAAAAACCCUGUAAAAUAUAAGAGUUAAUCUUCAUAUCUGUUUAUUUCUUCAAUGUGAAAAUAUUAAACAUUAUUGUCUGUGAAA